CGGAAGCAGCCGUCGCGAGCUAAACAAACAUGUCUCUGCUACAUGAUGAGAAAACGGGCUUUAAGGACACGUAGGCAGCUGAAAGGGGAUUAAUGUUAAUAAGAAACGUGCCAAACAUAAAGCCACAGAUGGAGAGUUGAUGAAUUAUUCCGUUUGGUAGCUUAGUGGAACCUUUAGUGGCCGUGUUUACACACUGCUAGCUAGCUCUCCAGGUGGCUAAUGUAUGCUAGCAAGAUGGACCUUGGCUCAAUGUUGUACAACAACUUAAAAGAAGUGACAUGGAGCACCACGUCCCUGCCGCUAGACCAGCUGGUCAGCGCUUACAGGCUGCCUCAGAUUGCCAAACUGGACAACGGUCAGUUGGUUGAAGGGCUCAGAGACAAUGACUACCUCUUGAUUCAUUCCUGCCGUCAGUGGACCACGAUCACUGCUCACAGUCUGGAGGAGGGACAUUACGUCAUUGGGCCCAAGAUAGAGAUCCCAGUGCACUAUGAAGGUCAGUUUAAGCUGCUGGAGCAGGACAGAGAUGUCAAGGAGCCUGUUCAGUACUUCAACAGUGUGGAGGAGGUGGCCAAAGCAUUCCCUGAGAGAGUCUACGUCAUGGAAGAAAUCACUUUCAAUGUUAAGAUGGCUUCAGGAGAAUGCAAUGAAGACACUGAAGUUUACAACAUCACACUGAGCACCGGGGACGAGCUGACGCUGAUGGGGCAGGCUGAGAUCCUUUAUGCCAAGACCUCCAAAGAAAAAUCAAGAUUCAACACCAUUUUUAAGAAGAUCGGUAAGCUGAACUCCAUCAGUAAGAUCGGUCGAGGCAAGAUGCCGUGUUUGAUCUGCAUGAACCAUCGCACCAACGAGAGCAUCAGCCUGCCGUUCCAGUGCAAAGGGAGGUUCAGCACCUGUAGUCCUCUGGAGCUCCAGAUGCAGGAUGGUGAGCACAUCAUCAGGAACAUUGUUGAGAAGACCCGCCUCCCCGUUAACGUCACGGUACCCAGCAGUCCGCCCCGCAACCAGCACGACCUCCACGUCAUCCGGGAGGGUCACCGCUACAAACUGGUCAACAUCCAGACCAAGACGGUGGUCGUCUGCUGCGUCCUGAGAAGCAACAAAAUCAUCCCCGUUCACUUCCCCUUCCACAUGGCCAUGCCCAGGUUCAUCAUACCAGAGGAGCUUCUGCAGGGAGAGCUGUGGCUGGACACCAUGGUGCACCGCUGGUUCUCCUUCUGCCAGGAGCAGUUCGACAUCGACGACUAUUCUCGCGCCGUCCGCGACGUGCGGACAGAUUGGAACGACGACGGGAAGAGCCCGAAGAAGAGCAGCGGGAGCGGCAGCGGCAGCGGCAGCGGGAGCAGCGGAGGCAGCAGCAGCUCCAACGGCUGCCCCAACCACAUGCAGACGCCCAGCUCUCUGACCUACGCCCGGGACGAGCUCACCCAGUCCUUCCACCGCCUGUCUGUCUGUGUGUACGGCAGCAACCUGCACGGUAACAGCGAGGUCAACCUGCAGGGCUGCAUGACGCUAUGUGGAGACUGGGCUCUUCUGCCCUCCGACAGCCUCCCUCCAGACUCUGCAGAGAGUGAACACUUCUUCCCUGAACUGAUGGACAGCACCAACCAACAACCAGCCCUCAACAAGUCAGAUGUUCCCUACGAGGAGCUGUGGCUGGACCACUUGAGAGGUCAGAUUCCCAAAUCUUCUCUGAGUGAGGGGAUCCGAAGCAUCAACAACGGCGGUGGUCCUCCAGCAGCAGCGCUGUCCUACCCGGUCAGCUGUCCUCUGGCUGCAGCACCCAGCUCAGAUACGUCUCUGACUCCACCACCAGUUCCCCCCAAGUCUGAAGCUGUGAGGGAGGAGUGCCGUCUGUUGAACGCUCCACCGAUUCCUCCUCGGAGUCUGAAGCAGAUCCUGUCGGUGCCGUCGGUCCCGUCGGUCCCCAUCCUGUCCAAGCCUCGGCAGCAGGAGACCCGGUCACCGAGUCCGACCCUCUCCUAUUAUUCUUCUGGUCUCCACAACAUUAGUGGAGCGUGUGAGCAGGAGGCGGUGGAGCCUCCAGAGCCCGGCGGGGUGUGCUUCCCCUGUAAUAACUGGAGUAAACCCAGCAGCAGGGAGCCCAGCGCUGCGCUGCCAGCAGACGGGACGUCCUCCAGGUUGUCUUGGCCCAAUAACUUCAGUGGAGAUUCUCUCAGCAUGGAGGAGUUUCUACCAUCGGGCUGCCGGAGCUACUACAGCUACCCCAGGAAGAGAUCCUCCAGCAUCCAGAAAGCCUGCACGUCCAGCCUGCUGGACUUUGAGAGUGGAGAGCACAGCAGGAAGGACUUCAGGCUGGAGAUAGCUUCUCUCACUCACUUCUGCACCAAAUCUUCAAGUUACAAUUCAGAAAUGUACAGAGACAAGCCGAUAGAAGAAUCUAACGCCAAGCAGAGCCUCUCCUGCCCCAUCUUACCCCCCAGAACACCCAAACCUAACGCCAUAAAGAAGACAGAUUUCCUGUCAGGACCAGUGUGUGACAGUGAGCAGGGCACCACAGAGAUCUUUUCCAUCUCUGACUCAUUAACUCCUCCCAGUUCAACCCUUCCUCCCAGUGCCCCGUGGCAGCCCCCGGCCAGUCUGGCUGGUCUCUCUAUCGAGGAGGUGUCCAGGUCUCUCAGGUUCAUCGGCCUGCCAGAGGACAUCGCUUCUCUCUUUGUGUCUGAGAAGAUCGAUGGGAACUUACUGCUGCAGCUCACUGAAGAGAUUUUGUCGGAGGACUUCAAGCUGAGCAAGCUGCAGGUGAAGAAACUGAUGCAGUUCAUCAACGGGUGGAGGCCCAAGAUAUAACUCACUAAGUCCUCUUCUAGAGCAGAGUCAGGCCUUCAGUAUAUAUGCUAUGCACACCAAGCCACAAAGAGUUUCUUUUCUACAAUAUGAAUUAACUUCCUUGUUACUACAUUGUAGGGAAGAUAACUGGGUAAUGUUUCCCAGCAUCUUAAAGUCUGUGACUGCUAUUUACUAACUGAAUGGAAUCAUUUGGCACUUUCAUCAAGACAUGUUCAUGUCUGCUACUUAGUACUUUCAUCCACUCAUGUUCAUGUCAUCAAAUCCUACUUGAGUCCAAAAAUGUAAAGAAAAACACUGACUAAACUUAAGGUAUUUACUUCAUGAGGACAUUUGGCACUUAAAGCUGGGGUAGGCAGUUUAUUUUUUAAACCUUUCAGUUUAUUAUAAUUCAUGUGGUCUGAGAGAGACCUCUGCAUCACUUCUUGGCUUUAGAAAAUCUAAUCUAAAAAUCUAAUUCAUUACUUUUUAUUAUUAAUUAGAGCCUGACUGGAAUAAUGAUAUUGGUGUUAGAGAUGAUAAAUUCAAGUUCAUGUUUAUGUAGCUAGCAGUAUGUCACCUCAAAGGGCUUUGAAAAGAAAACAUCAUUCUCACAGAAUUGCCGCCAUAUAACAGCAAUGAGAUCAGAAUAAUGAUCAGAGUGAUCAUUAUAUAUUAUAUGUCUGUGUUAGUGUGGUAGGACAGAGAGCAGGAGGGCUGUAUUCUGUUUGUGUGUUUAUUGUUUUAUUGUCUUUACCAGAAAACUGCAUACCCCAGCUUUAAAAUAUCACAAGCUAUUGUCAGGAAGAGCACAGAAACCAGAGGAUGUAUGAUGGUAUAUGAAGCUUAUUUACCACAGUGAAAAAAACAAUGUAAAAAAAAAAGAAAACCAUCUUAUUGGCUUCACAAUUAGAAUUUUGGCAGAAUUUGUUAACCAAAAGAAAGCUUGUAAUAUAAAGUUCUGCAGCAUUUUCACCAGGUCAGGGGUGUGAUGGAGAAUGUUGCAUCAAGUGCAUUUCUAAAUGUGGAUCCAACAGUUCGAUGAUUUAAUUCAAUACAGCUGUGUGACGUCAGUACUUGUUGUUAAAAUCGACCCCUUUGAGCUCUUAAGCUGAAAUCUUUGUGUGCACCAGUGAACAUUCACUACCUUUCCAAAUGAGAAAUAGAAAUAUUUAAGGAUGUAAACCUUAUUGUUCAGCCUGCAGUAUCACACUGAUGUACAGUUCCUUCAAAAAAGAGCUAUGACUUUACUGAAUGAUUUGUUUUUACAGCUCAAAUAGAUCAAAUUUGAAAACUUUUAAGAUUUAAAGACUUUGGUAAAAACCAAAAACAUGAAUUAUUAAUGUAAGUGUAGAAGAAGCUGUCUGUACAUCAGUCUGAUAUCAGGUCAGAUUGAUUACUUUCAGAUGUUUUGUUUGCAUUUAAACCAACUGGACUUAGUUGAUCAGACGUUGGUGUGAUAAUGUAACUGAACUGUUUAUUAGCCAAUCAUGGUCGCUCAUGCAACAAGAUGUCAGAUGUGUCAACUCUCCUUAUGCAAGCUCUUAUUUCCAUUUGAUGCCUUUUUAAUCUAAAGUUGAGUCCAACUAUAUUUUGCUACUUGCUUUAAACUUGAACAUAAUUUAGGAUGAUUUCCAGCAGAAAAAGACUGACUGAGGUCUAAAUGAUGUCCUUACACUAAAACUAACAUGAAAAUAACAGAUAAUGGUAAUGGACCAUGACGCUUUACCUAAAAUACAAAUUAUGCAUCAUGCACUUUGGUAGAUAUCAGCCUUAUCAAUUGCAGUAAGUCAUUAAAUAUAAACGUAUAUAAAAAAAAGUUGUCUAUGUAGAGACUUAAUGCACUACAUGCUUUUUCAGAACUAAAAUGGUACUUCUCCUUUGUUCUCAUUGUUUGUGUUAGAAAUGAGUAAAAGAGAGCUUUUCUGCGCCUUAACCCAGAGACCUUAAAAUAUAUAAUGUUUCACUUUGGCUUAACAUUUUCAUUUAAUCAGUCUCUCAUCUUGAGAAUAUACUCUAACAGAAAACAUGAACAUUGGGGAAUACGUGUCAUGUGACGUAACAUUGAAAAUGAUCUGCUAAAAUGAAAUACUGGUUUCUAUUGGUACCAAACUGUUUUUCCAUAGUCUUGAUUGAGAGUUGAUUUAUUUAUGCAGUAUUUAACAUAAAGCAAACAACAGCCUUUCUAGAAGCCAGGUCUCAACAGCUGUUUCUCCCAUGACACUUUUUGCAGUGGGUUGUUACAUAUUUUACUAUAUUUUUAUUUUUUAUGUAAAUUUAAUGUGAUUUUCCUUUUUUAAAGUGAUUACUAAUGUUGAAAAUAUUUUUAUUUUGAAACAAAGCUCAUGUUCAAAUUUCUUUUAUUGUUGUUGUUUUUUCUGUUUUUCUUACUUGGGUUUAUGAAUCCAUGAAUUAAAAUAACACUACUCAGUCACACGACAUGGACAGUGACCAAACAUAACGUUAAUAAGCCAUCAGUUCAGGUAAUUCGCCAGAUUUCCUUGUAACUUUGUCACAGUGUCCACAUUGUUGAUGGAGGAAGGCAUGUUGACACUAUUAUUAUAUGCUGAUUAAUGUCCUAUGCAAUCGUCAUGGUGAUCUACAGAGACCAUGGGAAGGAACAAUGGAAGACAAUGGAGUAUUAUGCAUAUUUAAAUUACCACAGUGUUACUUUCAGGGGGAUGAAAACUGUGCAUGCCAAAGGAAUUCGUCAAUUAUUUUACUUGAAAACUUGUGAGAUACAAACUGUGAACACACUAUAACUGUCCCAUUAAAACACUAUCAUCACGUGGUUAUUAACACUAAAGGAUAACGCCUGUAUGAAUUAUUACCAUCUCUGUGCAGAAAGGAGGGAAUGACUGUGACGCUGAGUUUCAUGGCAUUGAGCAUUUGUCAACAUUACUGAAAUCUGAGUUGUGGACAUUUGUCUUUCAGUUCAACUCUUGUUUCCUUUAUUUGAUUGUAUUAUCUAUUAAAAUGGAUUAACU